GAACGGAAGCCAAAGGCGCAGCCCUGCAAGUGCUUCUCGCUCCCGCCGCCACUGCUGGCGCAAGGGCUCCCACGAGUGGCCGCUAAAGAGACCCCCCCCCCCAACCACUGUCUCUGCUGAAGCGCGUUUGACUUGGCCUACUCUUCCUCGCUGGCCAGACAAGGAGGUAGGAGCGCGCACGCCCUGCCCAUCUGUACCGCGCCGUACCCAUCUGCGCUGCGCCGUUGCCCAUCUGUAGCGCUGCCGGGUGCAGGCAGAGAUGAUUUAACUCGGCCUAUGUAGGUCAAUGAGUGUGCCUUUGUCUCCUGGUGGUGGUUGUUGUUGACGGGGCUGCGUACGGAGCUUCAUUGAGACGGGGCCACGUGGCGGCCAGCAGAGGGCGAUGCAGCAGCAGCAAUCAGUGUUGUGCUGCACUUGUAUGGCUCCCGCGCCUUCACCGACGCGCGCAGUGAGCGGUCUGGUGAAGCAUGGCCUGUCAACCCCCUCGCGGACCCGCACUGCGUGGGGAGGCCGUCAUCCAGCAGUGGACUGGCGGUGCUAAGUGUAAACUCACGCAGCGCGUAUAAAUAUAGAGACGGGACGCUGGCAACUGCUGUGGCCUCUCUCUCUCUCCUAUGUGCUGUGAAGAAGGGCCAUGGCCCGAAACGUCUUUUCUUCUUAAGCAGCAGCAGCCACAUCGCCAGAUGGUUGGAAAAUAACAAUUGCUUCCCAUCGGGCGACGACGGCUUGACUUGUCCUGCCUGGGUCUCCUCUCACUGCAGGGACAGGCCACGUGACCCGCGUGUGUGUGUCUAUGCUGAACUUCUUUCGCACCGUACGCAGCCCACACGUGCUAAUCGGAGGUGCGACCCGAGGCGUCAUGGCCGGUGCCAAGUACCAGGCGCUGUCCUUCCAGUCCGUGUUCACCUACAGCAGCCCGGACUCCACCAAGGGCAGCGGCGGCCUCAGCCAGGACGACGACUUCGAUGAGGCCGAGUCCGUCGAGUCAUGGCUGUCGUGGUUCUGCUCGCUGGUCAUCACGUCCCUGACGUUCGUCUUCGUGCUGCUCACCUUCCCGCUGUCCGUGUGGUUCUGCCUCAAGGUUGUGCCGCUGCACGAGCGCAUCGUGGUGUUCCGCCUGGGGAGGCUGCGCGCGCCGCUGGGCCCCGGCGUCACGCUCGUGCUGCCCUGCAUCGACCGCUGGCGCCGCGUGGACACGCGCCCGCGCGCGUUCAACGUUCCUCCUUGUAGGGCGAUGACACGGGACGGCGCGCUGGUGUCGGUGGGCGCCGACGUGCGCGUGCGCGUGCACUGCCCCGUGCUGCUGCUCACCGCGGCGCAGGACGUGAACCGCUCCUCGCGCAGCGCGGCGCACACGGCGCUCGCCUCGCUGCUGCCCCGCCACUCGCUGCACGAGCUGCAGAGCGAGAGCGCCAAGAUGGCCGACGAGCUCGCGCUGGAGGUGACCAAGGUGACGGAGCCGUGGGGCCUGGAGGUGGAGCGCGUGGAGCUGGCGCUGGAGGCCGUGCUGUGCUCGCCGGGCGCGACCGGCCUCUCUGCGCCGCUGCUGCCGCCGUGCGUGCCGGGCCUCACUCCCGAGGCGUGGGGAGCGCUGGCCGGGCCGGUGCAAACCAUCCUGGGCGGCGUGAUGGCAAUGAGCGACCGGCAGGCGGCAGGGCGCGACGCCGGAUGCUCGCUGCAGGCGGCGAGGUCCGCGGUGCAGGAGGGAGGGGAGGGGGGCGACAACGGUGACGACGCGCUGCUGGCGGCCGUCGGGCCCCUCCUGUGCGAGUCGCUGGUGGAGAGGGUGGGCGCCGUCUACCGGUUCGACGUGCAGUGUCGUGACGGCUCCUGCCGGACCUACCACCUGGACCUCAAGACCGGAUCGGGGGCCGUGGGACGAGGGCCCCCCCCCGCGGCGGCCCAGCCUCCCGACGCGGUGCUGGAGAUGACGGAGCACGACCUGGUGGCCGUGAUGAGCGGGCAGCUGCGUCCGCUCACCGCCUACAUGAGCGGGCGACUCCGCAUCAGCGGAGACCUGGGAGCCGCCACGCGCCUCGAGGAGGUGGCCAAGGCGGCCUGCCACCUCUAGCCACCCGGGAACACCCCCAGCUGGGCCACCCCACCCAGGGCCACCCCCACCCAGGGCCACCCCCACCCGGGUGCCAGCCUCAGGUUGGGCCACCCCCACCCAGGCCAUUUCCAGCUGGGGCCACCACCACCUGGGGCCAUGCAGUAGACUCACCUGUAGACACAGUCAGCCGUAGACACUCUCACCUGUAGACACUCUCACGUGACAUCACCGCGCCGCAUGCAAGCCGCUCACCGCCUUGGUUCACGACGGCUCUCGUUCGUUCCCAGGCCCCCCCGUACGCGCUCGUCCGUCUGGUGAGAGUUGCGGAGUCUUCCGCUUGGUUUCGGAUCCGACACGAGAGCUGUUUUGAUUGCAUCUUCCUUGAAUUAUUGUGGUGUAUUUUAUAUUUACGCUAUCGUUAUCGUGCAAAGGCUAUGGUGGUGGCACCUUCUCGCAGACGAGUAGAUUCCGCCAGCAGGGAGGGACAUUGUGAUGUGGGUUUUGCCCAAAUGAAGGUGAACGUAAUCUUCACAAUUCGGCAAAUUUGGACGGCGACGUCGGCACGUGUGGCCUCCCACUCUGUCAUGAAUGACAACGCGGGAUCUUUAACGUCGACUGUGAAGCAGGCAGCGCGUAGCAUUUCCCUUCAAUAAAGCACGCUGCAGUGUUAACCAGGAUGGCCGCUCGCCUCGAACCGCUGCGAUGGAGGUUCGACGGCACCACCGCUGGGCCACGGCCAUCGCCGUCCCGGGUGUUGCGUGUUUAACUCUAUUUAUUUCUCCGUGGGCGGGGGGUUCGUUUGUAAAUUUUUGUUCCGCAGUGGUAAUGUUUGCGUACAUCUGCACUUAAGCGCGUGCGUUACAACUUCAGCAAAGAGCCUUCGCGUGGAGUUUUAAAAAUAUUUGUAUUUAAAGCUCGUCUUUUGAUAUUUUGCUGUGCGAAGUUUAAUGCCGCGUCCCUCGACCGCGAGACUUUGGUCCGACGGCUGUCUUUCUCACCCAGGGCAUCGCGUGCAUCUUGAAAUCAAAAAUGCUCAUGGCAGUGAAAUUAUCUGUUACUGUUUUUUAAAUCAAACGUUCCAUAAAUUAUUCCAUGUCAAAAAUG